CUCCGCGCGGCUGGGGCUCUAGUGCCGCCGGCGCCUCGUCGGCUGUUGUGGACAGCGGGGGCUUCCCAGUGAUCCUGAUCCAGCGCAGGUAGCCUGUGGAGCCGUUUGGCCCCUGCAAAGGCCCCCGAGGCCCACUUUCCCUGUCGUUGGACGUCAGCCAGCUGGCCUGGCCGCUGUACAGCGAGGAGAACAUCUUCUCAGGGCCAUGUCCAGGCCGAGCAGCGUCUCCCAGCGGCCGUCGGCUCCUGGAGGGGGCGGCGGCAGCGGCCCAGCGCCGUGUGGCCCUGCGGGCGGCGGCCGGGCCAAGGGUCUGAAGGACAUUCGUAUAGACGAGGAGGUGAAGAUCGCGGUCAAUAUCGCUCUGGAGCGCUUCCGAUACGGGGACCAGAGAGAAAUGGAAUUUCCUUCUUCUUUGACCAGUACGGAAAGAGCCUUUAUUCAUCGACUGAGUCAGUCUCUUGGUUUGGUUUCUAAAAGUAAAGGAAAGGGAGCAAAUAGAUACCUAACUGUGAAGAAGAAAGAUGGAUCAGAAACAGCUCAUGCAAUGAUGACCUGUAAUUUGACUCAUAAUACAAAACAUGCUGUUAGGAGCCUAAUUCAAAGAUUUCCUGUCACCAAUAAAGAGCGUACUGAACUUCUGCCUAAAACAGAAAGAGGAAAUGUGUUUGCAGUUGAAGCUGAAAACCGGGAAAUGAGCAAGACAAGUGGGCGACUCAACAAUGGCAUACCUCAGAUUCCAGUGAAAAGAGGAGAAUCUGAAUUUGAUUCUUUCAGGCAGUCUCUGCCAGUGUUUGAGAAACAAGAAGAAAUUGUUAAAAUAAUUAAGGAAAAUAAAGUAGUUUUGAUUGUAGGAGAAACUGGGUCUGGAAAGACUACACAGAUUCCUCAGUUCCUUUUAGAUGAUUGCUUUCAAAAUGGUAUCCCCUGCCGUAUAUUUUGUACUCAACCAAGACGAUUAGCAGCUAUUGCUGUGGCUGAAAGAGUUGCUGCAGAGAGAAGAGAAAGGAUUGGUCAGACAAUUGGGUAUCAGAUCCGUUUAGAAAGCAGGGUUUCUCCAAAGACACUUCUGACAUUUUGCACCAAUGGGGUACUGCUUCGUACUCUGAUGGGAGGAGAUAGUUCAUUGUCAACUGUGACACAUGUUAUUGUGGAUGAAGUACAUGAAAGGGAUCGAUUUAGUGAUUUUUUACUUACAAAGUUAAGAGAUUUGUUGCAGAAGCACCCAACUUUGAAACUAAUUCUUUCUAGUGCUGCCUUAGAUGUAAAUCUUUUUAUGAGAUAUUUUGGGAGUUGUCCAGUGACAUACAUACAGGGAAGACCAUUUGAAGUAAAAGAAAUGUUUCUGGAAGACAUUUUAAGAACUACUGGAUACACAAACAAAGAAAUGUUAAAAUACAAAAAGGAAAAACAACGAGAAGAAAGACAACAAACCACACUUACAGAAUGGUACUCAGCUCAAGAGAAUACUUUCAAGCCUGAAUCUCAGAGACAGAGAGCUGUCCCAAAUGUGACUGAAGAAUAUGAUUUAUUGGAUGAUGGUGGUGAUGCCGUCUUUAGUCAGUUGACAGAAAAAGAUGUGAAUUGCCUUGAGCCAUGGUUAAUAAAGGAAAUGGAUGCUUGUCUUUCUGACAUAUGGCUGCAUAAAGAUGUUGAUGCCUUUGCUCAGGUCUUUCACCUUAUUUUAACUGAAAAUGUUAGUGUGGAUUACACACAUAGUGAAACCAGUGCAACAGCUUUGAUGGUUGCUGCAGGACGAGGUUUUUCAAGUCAAGUAGAACAGUUAAUUAGUAUGGGAGCCAAUGUUCAUAUUAAAGCAUCAAAUGGCUGGAUGGCUUUAGAUUGGGCUAAACACUUUGGGCAGACUGAAAUUGUGGAUCUUCUAGAAUCUUACAGUGCUUCAUUGGAAUUUGGAAAUUUAGAUGAAAGUUCUUUGGUUCAAACAAAUGAGAGUGAUCUCAGUGCAGAAGACAGAGAGCUCCUGAAAGCUUAUCAUCAUAGUUUUGAUGAUGAAAAAGUAGACUUGGAUUUGAUCAUGCAUCUUCUAUACAAUAUCUGCCAUAGUUGUGAUUCUGGUGCAAUAUUGAUUUUCCUGCCUGGAUAUGAUGAAAUUGUUGGUCUGAGGGAUCGCAUCCUGUUUGAUGACAAGCGGUUCGCUGAGAAUACUCAUAGAUACCAAGUCUUUAUGCUUCAUUCAAAUAUGCAAACAUCCGAUCAAAAGAAGGUAUUAAAAAACCCACCUGCAGGUGUUCGAAAAAUAAUCCUUUCCACCAAUAUUGCUGAAACCAGCAUCACAGUCAAUGACGUUGUCUUUGUUAUAGAUUCUGGUAAAAUGAAAGAGAAAUCCUUCGAUGCACUGAAUUUUGUUACAAUGUUAAAAAUGGUGUGGAUUUCCAAAGCUAGUGCCAUACAGCGAAAAGGCAGGGCAGGGCGAUGCAGACCUGGAAUUUGUUUCCGGCUGUUCAGUAGACUUCGAUUCCAGAAUAUGUUGGAAUUUCAGACUCCAGAACUUUUGAGAAUGCCAUUACAGGAACUUUGUUUACAUACCAAGCUCUUAGCCCCAGUUAAUUGUCCUAUUGCUGAUUUCCUUAUGAAAGCUCCUGAACCUCCACCAGCUUUAAUUGUAAGAAAUGCUGUGCACAUGCUUAAGACAAUAGAUGCAAUGGAUGCAUGGGAAGGUCUCACUGAACUUGGAUAUCAUUUGGCUGACUUGCCAGUAGAACCACAUCUUGGUAAAAUGGUCCUGUGUGCUGUGGUGUUAAAGUGUCUGGACCCCAUCCUUACAAUUGCCUGCACACUAGCCUAUCGAGAUCCUUUUGUCCUGCCAGUGCAGGCCUCUCAAAAACGUGCAGCUAUGCUUUGUAGGAAACGUUUCACUGCAGGGACUUUCAGUGACCACAUGGCACUUCUCAGAGCAUUCCAGGCAUGGCAGAAAGCUCGAAGUGAUGGGUGGGAGCGAGCCUUUUGUGAAAAGAACUUUCUUUCACAAGCUACUAUGGAAAUAAUCGUAGGCAUGAGAACUCAGUUGCUUGGUCAACUUAGAGCAUCAGGUUUUGUGAGAGCACGAGGUGGUGGUGACAUUCGAGAUGUUAACACAAAUUCUGAGAACUGGGCUGUUGUUAAAGCUGCAUUGGUUGCAGGCAUGUAUCCUCAUUUAGUCCAUGUGGACAGAGAGAAUGUAGUAUUGACAGGGCCAAAGGAGAAAAAAGUACGGUUUCAUCCCACUUCAGUUCUCAGUCAGCCUCAAUAUAAAAAGAUUCCUCCAGCUAAUGGUCAAGCUGCAGCAAUUCAGGCACUGCCCACAGAUUGGCUUAUUUAUGAUGAAAUGACCAGAGCUCAUAGAAUAGCUAAUAUUAGAUGUUGUUCAGCAGUGACACCUGUCACUGUAUUGAUAUUUUGUGGACCAGCUAGGUUGGCAAGUAAUGCUCUUCAGGAACCUUCGUCUUUUCGAGCAGAUGGUAUUCCUAAUGACAGUAGUGAUAGUGAAAUGGAAGACAGAACUACUGCUAAUUUGGCAGCUUUAAAACUUGAUGAGUGGCUCAAUUUCAAACUAGAGCCAGAGGCAGCCAGUUUAUUGCUGCAGCUUAGACAGAAGUGGCAUAGCUUAUUUUUACGCCGAAUGAGAGCUCCAUCCAAACCUUGGUCCCAAGUUGAUGAAGCUACCAUAAGAGCAAUUAUAGCUGUUUUAAGCACUGAAGAACAGUCUGCAGGUUUACAACAACCAUCUGGGAUUGGCCAAAGGCCAAGGCCUAUGUCUUCAGAAGAACUUCCUUUGGCAUCAUCUUGGAGGUCAAAUAAUAGUAGGAAAAUUUCAGCAGAUACUGAAUUUUCUGAUGAGUCUACUACUGCAGAAAGAGUACUGAUGAAGUCUCCAUCUCCAGCACUGCACCCACCUCAGAAAUACAAAGAUAGAGGAAUUUUACGUCCUAAACGAAGCACUGAUGACAAGUCAGAUCAAUCUUCUGUGAAAUCUACAGACAGCAAUAGUUAUCCAAGUCCUUGUGCUAGUCCUUCUCCUCCAUCCUCAGGAAAGGGCUCAAAAUCUCCUUCACCAAGACCAAACAUGCCUAUUCGAUACUUCAUAAUGAAGAGUAGCAAUCUGAGAAACCUUGAAAUUUCUCAACAGAAGGGUAUCUGGUCUACAACCCCUAGUAAUGAGCGGAAGCUAAACCGAGCCUUUUGGGAAAGCAGCAUGGUUUACUUGGUAUUUUCUGUUCAAGGAUCUGGACAUUUCCAGGGAUUUUCUAGAAUGUCUUCUGAGAUAGGAAGGGAGAAGAGUCAGGACUGGGGUUCAGCUGGACUAGGAGGAGUGUUUAAGGUGGAGUGGAUACGAAAAGAAAGUCUUCCCUUUCAGUUUGCACACCAUUUACUCAAUCCUUGGAAUGACAACAAGAAAGUCCAGAUAAGCAGAGAUGGGCAGGAACUAGAACCUCAGGUUGGUGAACAGUUGCUCCAGUUAUGGGAACGCCUUUCAUUGGGAGAAAAAACCACAGCUGAUUGACAUUCAGGUUAUACCAUACUUGAUUUUGAGUACUGGCAGUAUUUGUGAUCAUUAAGGAUAUCUUUCAGAUUAUUUGUCUUUUCUUUUUUUCUUCUUUUUCUUCCUCUUCUUCUUCUUUUUUUUUUUUUUAACCCUUCCAGACUUCUUAGCUUCGGAAGAACAUCCUGUCUACUUAUAACCACUGAAUGCACUGACUUCCAAAAACUGAGAUGGGGUUGUGUGUUAUUCUGAAUGGGCUUUUCUGGUUGAAAGUGUUUCUUUAGAACCACCAUCUUCAUGUAAGAGAGAAAAGGAUAAUUAAUUUUUAUAGUGAUCAUAGGGAAUGAUUAUAUGUUUGUUAAUAUGUUUAUAAUUGAAUGAAAUAGAGUAGUUUCAUUAUUUAACACAAUAGCACUUAAACAUACUUAAUUUGAAGUUAAACAUUUCAUUUGUUUGAAACACUGACUUAGAUCUCUUACUGGUGAUUUUUUUAAUGCAGAGUAAAUUGUUUACUUUUAAGAAAGGUCUGACUAUAUCUGUCCAUCUGAGCAACAUUUUAGAAGAGUCAACUCUAAAGAUUUAUCAUUAAAAAACAAGCAAAGAAAAGCAAAUGACCAAAAUCUAAAAAUGUCCCUUUAAAAAUAGUGUGUGCUGAUUUACUAUUCAUUGUGCCAUUUUUAACCUGAGGCACAUUAAAGAAAAACAAAAAAAAAGGAUGUUCUUUUUUCGCAACUAUGAAAUGCAGUAAAAACUGAAGAAAGGCAGAAUUCCUCCCUGACUUUGAUCAGAUCAGAUUAAGUGCUUAGUUUUAUUCCUGGUGCUACCUCUUUUAACCUGAUGUAUCCCAAACCUUCCUUUCUCCUACAUUACAAUCGUCACACAUCUCUGAUAUAAAAACAGUGAUUAUGAUCUCUUUGUUUUGGCUAGAGAAACGUGAUUUAGACAAGUUAAAAAUGUAAGCAAGUUAUACAAGUUGAAAAGAAAUGCUCUUAACAGUUAGUGGUAGCUUGGUUUCUCUAUGUCUUCCAAACUGAAGCCUCCAAACACCACAAUUCUAAAUGCCUUCUAUUUGUUUUCUAGUAGUUUUUAUUCUACUUAUGUUUCCAGGUAAGAUUUCCCUUUUUUGCAUUUGUGGUUUAAUAAAUGGAGAGUAACUUUUUGUAAACCCUUUUUAGUGCCAACUCUCAUAUAUUUCUUUGCCAUCUCAGAAUUAUUUGGUUUGCUCUCUUUACCACAGCUGUCUAUGAAGUUUCCUUAGACGCUUUCUGAAGGGAAAUGGAGGUUCAGGGAGAAAUCAAAGAGAUGUCUUGGUUACUGAGUUCUAAGUAGAAUAGGUUUGAUAGCACUUCUCAUGAUACAGUUGGGUCAUUGCCAUGUAACAAAAAACCAACUUGAAUCUGAUUUAAAGACAAAAAGAAAACUCUAAGUCCUCUGCUUCUGUAUUUGAGAACAAAGAACUGAAAAAUCAUGGGUCAACAUAAAAUCUUGGGAACUCUUCUACUUUCUCUGGGAAAGCAUUAUAUGUUGGUGCAUUAGUUUAAAAUGUCGGCUGUGACUUUUGCCUAUAUUUGUAGGUACUGGAUUCUUGUUUGUUUUAUACUUUGAAACAUACCUGUAAAUUGAGCCUAUGUGAAUUAUGUUCCACUAUAUGCAUAUUACAGUUCUUUUCCUAUUAGAGCAAGUUGUGGUUUUCUGAUAAUGGAUACAUUUUGUUUAGGUACAUAUUUAGCAGUUCACAGUGUCCUAAUUUGGAAAUAAGAACUUCUAAAAAAUAGAACUUGUUUUAAUUUCCAUCUGUUUUCUAAUAUAUAUCCCUGUAUGUAAAUGAUGAGUUUGUUGAUAUUUAAGAUGAACACAAUUUGAAUGUAAUUAAAAUGCUGUUUUUUGGAAGAGGUGAACUUUAAACAUAAUUAUUAAAUGAAAUUCUGUUAAAUCAUUUAAAUUUUGUUAUUUCUGACAUUAUAUAGUAGGACUAAGGUAACAACGAUCAACAAUACCCUUUGAGAUAUUAAUGAAUUUCAUACACUUUGAAGAAUACUAAAUUGCAAUAGAAGGUGAUGGCCUCAUAUCAAUACCUCCCCCUCAAAAAAAAUUGCCUUAUUACGACAGGGGAAUAGGGAAAAUCCCAAGACGUGUUUUUUAAAUCCUUUGCUUAUUAAUAGAAUAUGUAGCCAUCCACCUUCUGUUCUCAGGACACUGCAUUAUGGUACUGCAUUAUUGCAUCCACUGGACAACCCAGCUUCAUUCUAGCAAUUACAGCAAAUAUAGACAAUAAGGAAAGAAUAAUCUCAAGUGAGUACUUCAAGAAAAGACAUGUUCAUUUAAGAAUUUGUCCUCAGAGAUUCAUUCUUCACCAUUUAAAAUCUUAUAUCCUGAGACAGAGUAAGUAUUGAGGAAUAAGUCAAAUGAACUUCACCCCUGAAUCAACACCAGGGUGCAAAACUGGACACAUAGUUCACAAGUGACCACACCUCUCAGUCCGAGUGAGCUUCCUGUAGCACACAUCCUCACUGUGCUCCUGAAUUCUCCAUGAUUCCUCUCUACCCAGGGGACCACACAGUGCAGUCAGUAUGGCCAGGCCACUGGAUUCAUCAUAGUCUUUCUAGCCAAAAAUGAAUUUCUACUUGGCUGUCUAAUGUCAAAUUCUGUAUAUUCAAAAUUGAACUACAGUUCUUUCCCCACAAUCUAUUCCACUUAAAGCUGUCCUAUUUUCAAUUGAUGCCAGUUUCUUUCUUUUGGUUGUUCAGACCACAAAACUUGGAGUCAUCCAUGAUUCCUUUAUUUCUCUCAAACUAAUCCAUCAGAAAAUUUUCUUGGCUUCACCUUCAAAAUAUAUCUGGACUCCAGCUGUUUCUCACCACAUGUGUCACAACUUCUCUGGACUGAGCCACCAUCAUUCCUAAGAUGUCUUCCCUUUUCUCCUGUUCCUCAUGCCACCAAUCUGUUUUCAACACAGAAAUCAGUAGUCCUUUAAAAACAUUAAAUCAGUUCAUAUUACUCUGUCGCUCAAAACCCUUCAGCGGCUCCCCAUUUCGCUCAAAGCCAAAGUUCUUAUAAUGGUAUAAGCACCUUUUAUGAUCUGGUCCCCCAUUACAUCUCUUAACUUCUCUACUCUACUCUCCUCCUCUGCUCAUUCCUCUUUAGCCACAUUGACCUCCUCACUAUUCCUUGAAUAUAACAGGCACCUUCCAGCAUCACAGACUAGUUUUAGCUAUUCACUCUGCCUACUCUUCUCAUAAUAUCUGUUUGGCCAAUUAGUUGUGUCAUCAUUUAGUGUUAGGUUUACUGUAAAUUUUUUAAAAAAUUUAUUUAACUUCUAGAAUUAACAGUAAAAUCAAAAUUUUCUUAGAUGUAUAGCUCUAUGAAUUUUAACACAUGUACAGAUUUCUGUAACUUCCAGCACAAUCAAGAUACAGUUCCAUCACCUCCAAAACUCCCUCAUGCUAUCCCUUUGUAGUUAUAUACCCUAACACCUGCCAGCCAUUGGUCUGUUCUCUGACAUUUCUAGUUUUCUCCUUUUGAGAAUAUCACUUAAAUAAAUCAUGCAGUAUGUAACCUUUUGGGUCUGGUUUCUUUCACUCAUCAUAAUGCCUUUAAGAGUGAUCCAAGUUGUGUAUAUCAAAGUUCAUUUCUUUUUAUCGUGAGUAGUAUUCCAUUGUA